AGGAAAUUAAAUAGCAUUUGCCUAUUUGGUGUUUGGUUUGGCUUUGGCGGAGAACUCCAAGCCCCCUUCUCCUCUCUCUCUCUCUAUUUUAUUCUUUAAAACCCCCCAAAAUCACCACUUCUCUUUCUCUCUCUUCUUCCUUGUUAUCAUCGUCCCCAACUCUCUCUCUCUCUCUCUUCUCUCUCCACCAUGCAGUCACUGCAAGCUUCCACUCUCAGACCAUCUCCACCACUCGACCCACAUCGCCACCGUGGAACCCAAUUCCUCCGCAAUGCCACCACCAAGGCUUGGCCCAGACCCACCAGACCCACCAAAGUCUCUUUCAUCUCAGCAUCUUCGUCUUCUGUGGCUCCUAAGCGAGAGAAGGACCCGAAGAAACGAGUUGUAAUUACUGGCAUGGGACUUGUCUCUGUAUUUGGUAACGAUGUUGAUGCUUAUUAUGAUAAGCUUCUUUCCGGUGAGAGUGGGAUUGGUCUUAUUGAUCGUUUUGAUGCUUCUAAGUUUCCUACUAGAUUUGGUGGUCAGAUCCGUGGAUUUAAUUCUGAAGGGUAUAUUGAUGGGAAGAAUGACCGAAGGCUUGAUGAUUGUCUUCGUUAUUGCAUUGUUGCUGGGAAGAAAGCUCUUGAGGAUGCUGAUCUUGGUGGUGAAAAGCUCUCCAAGAUUGAUAAGGAACGAGCCGGUGUGCUUGUUGGGACCGGUAUGGGUGGUCUUACUGUUUUCUCUGAUGGUGUCAAGGCACUGAUAGAGAAAGGUCACAGGAAAAUUACACCUUUUUUUAUUCCUUAUGCUAUUACAAACAUGGGAUCUGCAUUGUUGGCAAUCGAUCUUGGUUUCAUGGGUCCAAACUAUUCGAUUUCCACUGCUUGUGCUACCUCGAAUUAUUGUUUUUAUGCUGCUGCGAAUCACAUUCGCCGAGGUGAGGCUGAUAUGAUGAUUGCUGGUGGAACUGAGGCUGCCAUUAUACCUAUUGGGCUUGGAGGCUUUGUUGCUUGUAGAGCUCUUUCUCAGAGAAAUGAUGAUCCCAAAACGGCUUCUCGCCCAUGGGACAGGGACCGUGAUGGCUUUGUCAUGGGCGAGGGCGCUGGAGUGUUGGUAAUGGAGAGCUUGGAGCACGCAAUGAAACGAGGUGCACCAAUUAUUGCAGAGUACUUGGGAGGUGCCGUUAACUGUGAUGCUUAUCAUAUGACUGACCCAAGAGCUGAUGGGUUGGGUGUGUCUUCAUGUAUAUUGAGUAGCCUAGAAGAUGCUGGUGUGUCACCUGAAGAGGUUAACUACAUCAAUGCACAUGCUACUUCUACUCUUGCUGGUGACUUGGCUGAGAUAAAUGCUAUCAAGAAGGUUUUCAAGGAUACUUCAGGAAUCAAAAUCAAUGCAACUAAGUCUAUGAUAGGACACUGUCUUGGUGCUGCUGGAGGUUUGGAAGCUAUCGCUACCGUGAAAGCCAUUAACAGCGGAUGGUUGCAUCCCAGUAUAAACCAAUUUAACCCGGAGCCCUCGGUCGAUUUUGACACCGUUGCAAACACAAAGCAACAACACGAGGUUAAUGUUGCCAUCUCAAAUUCAUUCGGGUUCGGGGGCCACAACUCUGUGGUGGCUUUCUCUGCCUUCAAGCCUUGAUGAUCAAUUCAAGUUUAUUGGAAAUUUUUGUAGAUCAAUCAACCAUGCUCACUUGAGAAUAGGUUUUGUUAAUUUAUUGUUGAGGCUGGCUUUUUAUAUUGUCAAUUUCUCAGGAAGUUUAUGCAAUUGAUAAUUUUAUUUCAAGCCAUUUGUUAUAUUUACUUGUGUUGUAAUAGUUUCAAGUUUCAACUGUCAAAUUAAAAAGCUCUAUGGUCCCCAUUCCAAGGGCUCUUUCUUUAGCACACAUUUUAGGUUGAACUACCAAAACUUGUGGUGUUAUUGUGACUAGUCUAGCAUUAUGGGCCUUUUUUUUUUCUUUAUUUGUGGUGCAUGGAAAUUGUCAUUAAAAGCAUAAUGAAAUGGUCAAAAAUAAAUGGAGAAAUUGUAUUAAGAAA